AUGUGGCUGAGGAUGUUCCUCGGCGUCGUAGGCCCACUGCCUCAGCACAAGACAGCAGCUGCCGAUGAUGCUGAGAUAGAUCGAUUGGCUAGUGAUGGUACAGUUGAUGAUGAUGAGGGGUCCCCCGGUGGGCCACGCGAUCCAUCUGUUUUGAUAGGAUUUGCUGAUCAUGUGGCACACAGCAUAUGGAGUGGACAGGAGCGACCCGAUCUCAAGUUGGUCUCCCAUGGUAGGAAAGUAGAUAAAUUUGGGAGACCGGCUGCUGAGAUCGAAGGUAUGAUUGCGGCCACCAGAUUGGAUUCAUUGAUCAGGUGUUCUGUGAUCACCACUGAUCCUGGACUUAUAUCCGCCUUUGUUGAGAGGUGGCAUAGGGAGACGAGCAGCUUCCACCUCCCAGUAGGGGAGAAGAGGAUCACUCUAGACGACGUUUCGUCACUGCUGCACAUUCCGAUUACUGGCACGCUGCAUUCAUUCGAGUCGCUGGUUACAUCUGACGCAGUCGCCCUGUUGACGGAGCUACUUGAGGUCACCGCAGACGAGGCUACAGCUGAGACACGUCAGGCAGAUGGGCCUCAUGUUCGGUUGUCCUGGCUUCGGGACAUGUACCAGAGUAGGUGUCGGGCUAGGCAGUGGGUUGCUGCAGCUCGGACGUACCUACUUCAUUUGGUUGGUUGCACUCUUUUCGCUAACAAGAGUGCAACCCAUGUCCAUGUUGUGCACUUGCAGACAUUCAGAGACCUGGGCUAG